GAUAUGGCGCACUGAUUUGGACUUCCUCGUCCCCCACAACGAUCGACUGAUGGUCCUUACCGUCAACUCCAGCAAUAUCAAUCCUGAGCUACCCCCUUCAACCCUCAACCCCGAGACCAUCACCGACAACCCUCUACACACCGACCCAACCCAAACCAACCCAAAAAUGACGCCAACCCUCACCAAAGAGACCAAAAUGGAUAUGAACCCAUCCCAGAGCCUCCCAAGCCUAGCGGAACCAAAGGCGACCACAACCCGCGUCACGGUGCUAGAAUCACUCCGUAAAACCCAAAAGGAUUCCAGUUACCACCAAGAUAGAAGAGGAACUAGAGUGUCAGAUGGAGCACGGAAGGAGAAGACAUCUUAUGCCAGGUUACCUGAGGAUGGCAAGUGGAGCCCCUUGUCUGCAGAGCUCCUCAACUACACCAUCGCUCUUCUGGUAUUUGCUAUCAGGUACCCAUCCGUAUUCUGGCACACCAACAAGGCUUUUGGUCUGCUGUUUUCCCUUCAGUUGAUUGUGAAUGGUAUACACACUAUCCUCAUUAUCACUGCCUUCACCAUACUCUAUAAGCUACAUGUGUGUGACAGUUCGAAAGAGCUCCACGGUGGAGAGAACUUCCUACUGAAUCUGCCAGCAACUGUUGGGCUGCUGGUGGUUGCUGUGAUGGUGGUCACUGUAUCCUCAUCAGCCAUAUACUAUUAUGGCUACCAAAAGUUUACUGAUUUUGUGGUUAAGAGUCGCCAGCGAUAUCAUAUUACAUACGAUAAUGAGCCAGAUUCUGUACGCCCAUACGCGCCCCACUGCGCCGCCCUCGUUGUGCUGGUGGCUAUGGGCGUCUCCCACGGGCCGCUGCUGUGGGAUCUCUCCCUUGUAUACCGGGGCUCCCUCGAUGCCAUUGUUCUAGCUGCUGUCAUUGGUUCCAUUGUCCACCUGUUCCUGUGGAUUGUUCUCUGGCUCCUGCUGACUGUCAAGUCAUCCUGGACCUUCAAGCUCCGGGUGACCGUGGGACGAGCGUGUGUCUCGUCGGCUCGUUCCAUCAAGCUGGUCAAUGAUGUGGAGUUGGCCUCCGGGGACCCCCACAGUCAGGCCCGCACGCCCCUGCUGGUGGUGGGGGCGGGCAAGGCCUACGCCAUCAAUGAUUCUGCACCAAAGAAGACCAUUAUGAGUGUUGUACAAAAGACUCACCAGGAGAAGCGUGCUCGAGGGGAGGAGGAGGAGAUCUACUGGCUCCGUCCCAGCCAACCUGUGCGCUCCACUUCCCAAAGUAAGCCCAUGUCACCCAGGGCUAAAGUGACCUUUGACGAGGGUGGCAUCUUGACCUCUCCCAGAAAAGGUAAAGUCACCAAGGCACCAAAAGUUGAAGAGUCUACUUACCGGCGCGUCACAACUCUCUCAGACUCCGAGGACGAGGCCGGAGACUAUGCUCUGCUCACAGAGACCCCACAGGUUAAUGACCCACCUCAACAGGAGGAAACCCCAAGAUACGUUGACAGACAACAGAUUCUCGCAUAUCGUCGAGCAAUGGAAGAGCGGCUGUGUCCAGCAGCCACCACCACUACUACAGCUGUCCCAGACUACGAGGACGCUGACCACCUCAACCUUCGCAGUCCUCAAGCCUCCCACCACCUGGACACACAGGGCCCGAUGACUCCACGUAGCACCCGCAGUAACGACUCUGGUGUUGCUCACGAAGAUCGCUCCCAGCGCAGUGACUCGGUCUCAACAUCGUCUUCUAACACGCCACCAGAGAACUCUGAGGAGUCUGGAGUCCAUUCUGGUGCUACAGACAUCAUGAGACACAGGUCCAACAGUGUGGAUGAUCUGACCCAGCUACCUCCUGACCCUAGUCACGUGUUGACUCCGCCAAAGGCCAUGUCCAUGCCUCGUCCUUUAAUGGGCUCUGGCAGUCCCUUUGCAUACACUUGUGUUGGUGGGAAUGUGUCUGCUGGCACAGUGUCGCCUGUGCCAACGUCUAUAUUGUACCCAGCUGCAGAAUCAACAGUUGUCAUUCGAAGGCAGCGAAAUCUAACACAGGAAAUCAAACCACCCGUUGAUCCAAUUUAUGGCACGAGACCUUUGACCUCCUUCACAGAUCAGCAGCAACAGGACACCAAGAAGAAGAAUACAAAUGAAGAUUUAAUGGCCAUUGCACAAAACAGUUUUAACAGCAAUCAGUCAACAAAUUCAAGUGGUUAUCAUAGCAGUGCUAAUGGUAGCAGCGGCAGUAACAGCUCUAGUAACUCACCCGUUCCUCAACACCCAGGUUCCUCUUGCUCUCCCGGACUACCUAUUUAUGGACAAAAACCUCCUCACGGUGGUAUCCAGAAUAUCUAUGGCCACACGAACCGUUCAAACCCAAGAGUUAACUCUCACAGUCCACAGAGUUUGUAUGGUCGUACAGUUUCUGGCUCGAGUGCAUCUGUCAAACUACCCCAGGCACCACAGAUCCCCUUACCACCUAUUCCUCAGGGUGCUCUACCACCAGGUGCAGUUCACCAGAGUUCAUUGCAAGAUAUUUAUGGUCGCACUACUGGUCAGAAGAUUUAUGGGCACCUUGGGGAUUCCAAUAGUAUUUAUGGCACGGGUCCAGCCAGACAUCCAGUGGGCCGCUCAGUUAGCUUGAGAUCCUCCUCGGGGGCAGUGCCCAAGUACAAUAUGGGUGGGUUUUCACAUUCAUCCAGAGAGUCUAGUUACAAUACGAAUGUGUGAGUUCAUGUAGAGAUGAUGUUUUUUAGGGUUAGAGUUAGCAUUUGAUGUUGUUGCCUAUGUUGUGCCAGACUAGGUCAAAAACUCUCCUUUUUGUACAAUAUCAACAUGGAUGCUACAAGUGGAUCUCACUGAAAAGUCUUUGAACACAUUUGAGCUGUCAUGCGUUAAUUUAUACUUGUGUGCUCAAGAGAAUAUGAAAUAUUUUACCCGUCCAUUCCUGGUGACUGUAAGAGUGGGAGGGCGAGGCUUCACAUAACACUGAGCCCUCUCUUGUCUCAUAUCCUAUGAGGAAUAUAUAUUGCUUGUGUGUUGCUAUAGUACUUUUUGAGACAUUAAAUGUAUCAAAUCUUAUGUACAUAUCUUACGAUAAUGGCUCAGCACAGUACACAUAUUCAUGUUUAUUACAUAUUUACUUGUGCUCUAAAGAGUGAUGGCCAUAACUGUUAUAUUUUUUGUUACUAGUAAACUGUCUCAUAUUUUAAGAUGAACUGCUGAUCAAACGUGUGGGAAAACAAAUUUGUUUUGUGGUAGAUGUCUGGGAGAACAAAAUAGUCUUAUGACAGAUGUCUGGAUCUUGUCUGAUCAGUGUUUUAGUGAUUAACUAAAUAUAAAAACUAUAUUUAAAUAUACUGUUAUUCUGAUUUGUAAAUAUUUCAUAUAACAUUCAUUAUUUCAUCAUGAUUGAAGAAAUUGUUAUAUUUUUAUCUGUUUUAGGUAUUGUGUCAUCAAUUUUUUUCUGUUUGAGCAUUCCUACAUAACUAAGGAAAUUACAACCAGUUAAUUUAUUGAUCUUCUCAAGCCGAGGAUGAAGACACCUGUACUAUAUGAGCGUCUUCUAGUGCAUCAACAAAAUCACCCAAAUAUUCUUUGAAGGGCAACUUUUAAAGUUUAGGGCUUUGUGAUCUUAAAAUUAUCAAAGCCUCUUUAAAGACGUAUUCACGUGUUAAACUAACGAGUGUCAGAAGAGUGUUAGUUGCAUUGUGACUGGAUCUUAAAGCCUUAUUCCAAUGCACUUGGAAUUAAUGCUGAUGGUCUAAUUUUUGUUUAACUAAUGAUGUUUUCAGCUACAGUAUUUGCAGACAAGGAUAAUAUUGAUAUCACGAAAUUGUUUUGCAGAAAUAUGUGGGUAUGAAUAAUCCUUUUUCUUCUUCGCUAACCUACUAAUACCACCACCACCACCACCAACACCAACAACACCAUUACUCAUCGUCUGCACCAUUACCAACAUCACUACCUCUAUCACCAUCACCAUUUUCACCACCACCACCACCACCAAUAUCAUCACCAUCACAAUUAUAACCACAAUUAUCAUUACCAUCACAAUUAUAACUUAUCAUUAUCAUUACCAGCAGCACGACAAUGACCUUCACCAACACCGUCAUCACUCCUAUUACCCCACUCACACAGGGUGGGAAGGUGUCCCUCUAUAAGGGGUGUUAAACUAUACUGCUUCUACCUUCUAUUCUAACUAGCAUUAUAGAAACUAAUACCAUCAUAUAGGAAGCUAAUAUUGUACUGUACUACCAUCAUGGGAACCUAGUACUACACUACCAUUUUGGGAAAUUAGUACCACAGCUUGUGUCAGUCACUUCAGAGAAUUCAUCCUUAAUGAGUCCCACUUAAGUGAUAUUAUUAUUAUUACAAAUAAUGUAGCUAUUAACAUCUCCAGUAUUUGAUCUGAGCUGUAAACUCUUUGGUAAACCAAAGAAUGAUGUUUGUUUACAUCUGCCAUAGAUCUAUGUAUAUGAGUUUGAUGUAUAUACCUUAAAUAAGUUUGUAAAUAUCAUUAUACAUUCAAUACAUUGAGUUCUAUUGUCAUAUAUUAAGUCUAGUUAAACAUUAUUUUAAUUGUAUUGUGAAUUGUAUAUAAGUUGUAAAGUAUAUUAAUGCAUCUCUCUAAUUCCAUUAUGACUUUUUAAUCUUGAUCAAAAGUUAUCCACAUACAGUAUAUACAAAAUAAGAUACUGAUAGCUACUUUGGAUUUAUAUAUUCAGAGAUUAAAUAUAUACUAGAAUUUUGUUCCUUCUUGUCAAAGUUAUGAUUAAACAAAUUUAAUCUUAGUUAAAUCACAGAAAAGUUAGAUAAUAAUAUUUAGAAAAAUUAUCUAAUUUUUUCCAAACGCAUUUCUUGUGCCAAAUAUUUGAUCCGUAGCAGUGUUCAGGCCUGUGAGAAAACCAAAGGAAAAAUGCUUAGGUGUAUGUUAAGGGUAAAUUCAAGUUGAGUUUAUCUGUAGUGUAUGUACAUACUCAAAAUACUGUACUGUAUCUGAUUCAGGCAAUAAUUGUUGUUAUUGUGGAUUAAAAGUGUGUAUUAGAUAUGUAAAAUAUUAUAGUGUGGUGAUUGCUAUAUAGCAAGUGUGUGUUAGGUUGCUACAGAUUGCAAGAGGUAUUAGUAAUGCCAAAAGAAAUCACAUUAACAUGAUGUAUCAUUGAGAACAUCAGUAGGAGCAGUGAGGAGGAUUCGAACCUACGCUCAGGGUACUACCAAGCACAUGCCUUAGACCAUUACAUCAUGACAUGAGUUAAAGCAAUGUACCCUGGGAUUCACCUGAAUCCUCUAGGGGUCCUGAGGCUUCAACUGACCACAUGUCCAAGGUGUGUGCUUGGGAUUACCCAGAGCAUAGGUUCGAAUCCUCCUCAUGGCUUCUACUGAUUUUCUUCGGUAUUAGUAACGCCUGAAGUCUGUAGUGACAAAUUGAUUACCACAAUGUAAAAUAUAUGUUGUUUACUGCUUAAACAGUACACACAUAACGUUAUCUCCUUUGUGUGAAUUUAUGUGAGAUUGUGAGUAUGUUCCUAUGUAUGUGUGAACACAUACAUGCAGCAUUUAUAUGUACACAAGUAGGCAUGAAUGGAAACCUAUUGGUGAAUACUGUAUAAGUGGAUGAUGUGUUCUGUAUUGAUAAGGAGCAUCAUGUAUACACAGGUACCACAAACGUGAAAUCAUGUGCAUUUACACAAAUUUGUAUUAAUAAUGCCAAGUAAUCACAUACCUUACUGAGGUACCAUCUACGUCUUCUAAGAUUUACUGAGGACUCUAUGUCUGCCAAGAAUUAUUGAGGUAUCUUUGUCUGUCAAGAGUUACUAAAGUGUCCGUCUGCCAAGAUUUACCAAGGUAUUAUCUUCGUCAAUAAGAAAUUAUGGUGUAUUCCUCUGCUCUUCAUGUUAACUUUGGCUGUCAAAGAUGCUGAAAAGUUAACUAAGCUAAACAGGAAUGAGGGUAAAACUUCCAUUGUUUACUAAUCCUCUGUACAAAGCUCUGCCUCACCACGUCAUUAUCCUCCGCAACAGUACAAUAAACACUAAUUAAGCAAGCAAAGUAUUGUAUGUUGUAGAUAUUGGUGAUCUCAAUGUGCUUCAGUCGUGUUUCAUAGGAUGUAAUAGAGUAAUGAAUUUUCCACACACAUUACGACCUGUUAAGGACCAAUUUUUAUAUACUUCUCUCGUUUGCUUGGAUGCCUUUUCUAGUCUGUCAAUACUAAGCUGCAUGUAGACCAGUGGUUGUUAUGCAGUAUCCAAAGAGUUAACUGAAAGCAAAUCUGCCUGGUACUGCAUAAUUUUAGUAUAUAUAAUUGGAUGAAUUAUUUUUAUAAUUAUAUAAAUUGUAAAAUUGCCAAAUAUAUGUGUGUGUGCCUGUUUGCAGUACUCUGGGGUUCCUGUAUUCAAUCUCAACUAUCAAUGUUAUUAUUUUUCAUUGUUUUAUAAGGAGAUUAUCUAUGUAAUUGUUUUCCAGCAUAAUGCCAAUGUACUUGUAUCAAUAAAAAUACCUUCAAAGGA